GUGUGAAGGAGGACAGACGGGACAGUUCCUUCUCCUUUACUAAGCAGAGACACGGACUGGUCCCGGUGUCCUCGAGGAGCCGGAGUCUCCAGGACCUGCACUUCUUCAGGACGGCUCAGCCGUACAGACUCAAGGACCAGGAUGUGCCCCUUGGGAGCAGUGCCCCCCCCCCGGCGAGCGGCCUGGGCACCCCCCCUCUGCUCAUCCCCUUUAACUCCAACGACGUGUUCGUGUGGGCGGUGCUGCACCAGCGCCAGCAGAUGGCGCUGUUCCUGUGGCAGCACGGCGAGGAGGCGCUGGCCCGGGCCACGGUGGCCUGUAAGCUCUACCGCUCCAUGGCCGCCGAGGCGCGGCAGAGCAACAUGGACGACAACGUCUCGGAGAGGUUCAGGACGUAUUCUCUGGAGUUUGGCCAGCUGGCGGUGGACCUGUUGGACCGAGCGUUUCUGCAGAACGAGCAGAUGGCGAUGAAGCUGCUGACGGCGGAGAUGGAGGCGUGGAGCCGCUUCACCUGUCUGCAGAUGGCGGUGUCCUCCAGUCACCGGCCGUUCGUCUCGCACUCCUGCACGCAGACGCUGCUCACAGAUCUCUGGACCGGCUCACUCAACAUGAGGAAGAACUCCUUCCUCAAGAUCAUUCUGAGCCUGCUUCUGCCCCCCGCCAUCCUGCUGCUGGAGUUUAAAAGUGAAGCAGAAAUGUGCCACGUCCCGCAGUCCCACGAGGCCUUGCUGUUCGGUCUGGAGUCCGUGAAGUCGCCGCCCGUCCCCGAUGGAGCCAAUCACGUGGUAGUGACCCGCCGGCAGGACACUCGCCCAGCGCCGCUCUCCCAGCCUAGAGCAGAGUGGAG